AAGUAAAAAUUACCACGCCAUCAACAACCUCUAACCAACAGCUUAUCGCCAGACGACCGACGACAUGGGUGCCCUUAAGUACGUUGAAGAAAUCCACAAGAAGAAGCAGUCGGAUAUUCUCCGCUUCUUGCUUCGUGUUCGCUGCUGGGAAUUGAGGUCCUUGAAUGUCAUUCACCGUGCCUCCCGCCCUUCUCGUCCUGAUAAGGCCCGUCGUCUGGGGUACAAGGCUAAGCAAGGCUAUGUCAUUUAUCGUAUCCGUGUCCGACGUGGAGGUCGCAAGAGGCCCGCUCCUAAGGGUGCUACCUACGGUAAGCCCACCAACCAGGGAAUCAACCAGUUGAAGUAUCAGCGCUCUCUCCGUUCCACUGCCGAGGAGCGUGUCGGCCGCCGUUGUGCAAACUUGCGCGUCUUGAACUCCUACUGGAUAAACCAGGACUCCACCUACAAAUACUUUGAAGUCAUCCUUGUCGACCCCCAACACAAGGCCAUCCGCCGUGAUGCCCGCAUCAACUGGAUCACCAAGCCGGUCCACAAGCACCGCGAGUCCCGUGGGUUGACCGCUACCGGCAAGAAGAGCCGUGGCCUCAACAAGGGUCACCGCUACAACAAGACGACUGCUGGUCGCAGGAAGACUUGGAAGAGACUCAACACCGAGAGCUACUGGAGAUACCGUUAGUGCGUUGUUGUGUUUCUGGGGGGGUUUUAUGCUUUUUUAUCGAUUCUUUUUUACAGCAAUCUAAAUUAUUUGCUGGGUGUUUGGGUUUUCCCUAAUGACUAAGGUUCAGCUGGAUUAGUCCGGGCAUGAAGAUGUGAAUUUGACCAAACUAUAAUGAGGCCGUUGUGAAGUGA